AUGAGCUGCGGGGCCUCGACUGAAUCGUCGGGAGAGAACCCACAUGACAUCGAUGAGAGCCUCUACUCAAGACAACUCUACGUGCUUGGGCAAGAUGCCAUGUUACGCAUGGCACAGUCGGAUGUGCUGGUGUGUGGAAUGGGAGGACUGGGCGUGGAGAUUGCCAAGAACAUCAUUCUGGGUGGCGUCCAUUCGGUCACCAUUCAUGACGAGGCCCUGUGCACGACGCUUGACCUGUCAACGCAGUACUACCUUAGCAAGGAAAGCCUGGGUGAGAACAGAGCCACUGCUUCCAAGGCAUCACUGGCACGACUGAACCAGUAUGUGCGUGUGGAGGCCCAUACGGAGCCCCUGAGCGAAGAGUUCUUGAAGCAGUUCAGUGUGGUGGUGUUGGUGGACACUCCGCUAGACAAACAAGAGGACAUUGGUGCCUUUUUACAUGAAAACAAUAUUUCCCUGAUUGUGGCUGAUACCCGGGGUCUAGCUGGGCAGAUCUUCUGUGACUUUGGUGAGAAAUUCAGAAUUCUGGACCCAAAUGGAGAGGAACCGCUUUCGGUUUCAAUUGCCUGUAUCACCAAGGACACAGAAGGCGUGGUGACCUGCUUGGACCACACGAGGCACGGCUUUGAGGACGGUGACUAUGUCACAUUUUCUGAAGUCAAGGGCAUGACCGAGAUCAACAACUGCUCGCCAAUGAAAGUCAAAGUGCUCGGACCAGACACAUUCUCCAUCGGAGACACAACGCAGUUUGGUGAUUACACCGUAGGUGGUGUCGCAACUCAAGUAAACAUGCCAAAGGACAUCACGUUUAAAUCGUUCCGCGAGUCUAUGGCUGAGCCCGAGUUUGUUACAUCAGACUUUGCGAAAAUGGGUCGUCCUCCACAACUUCACCUUGGUUUCCAGGCUCUCCAGGAAUUCCAACGUUUGCACUCGUGCCUUCCUCGGCCUUGGAACAAGGAAGAUGCAGAAGAGGUCGUCCGAUUGGCCAAAGAGAAGAACACGAUGCUUGUUACACCACUGGACAACGUAGACGAGGCGGUGAUUAUGACGCUCUCGUACGUGUCGGCCGGCUCGCUGUGUCCCAUGCAGGCUGUGACUGGAAGCAUCGCCGCACAGGAAGUCAUGAAGGCAUGCAGUGGAAAGUUUCAGCCGAUUCAGCAGUGGUUCUAUUUCGACGCAUUCGAGUGCCUCCCACAGGACGCAGACGUGUCAGAAGCAAGUGCCAGUGCAAUGCACAGCCGUUAUGCUGGGCAAGCUCGGGUUUUCGGGACUGACAUGCAGGAACAGCUGAUGUCUCGGAAGUACUUUGUGGUUGGCACUGGAGCCGUUGGCUGCGAGCUUCUCAAAAACUUCGCCAUGAUGGGCCUUGGCGGAAACGACGGCCUCGUCCACGUGACCGACAUGGAUGUCAUCGAGCGGUCAAACCUCAACAGGCAGUUCCUGUUUCGACCCGAAGAUGUUGGCCAAAGCAAGUCCACAACGGCUGCGAGAGCUGUUCGUGAAAUAAACCCUGGGGUGAACAUUGCAGCCCACGAAGACAGAGUGGGUCCAAAGACAGAGAGUGUAUACAAUGACGACUUCUUCAAAUCCCUGGAUUGUGUGGUCACUGCCCUGGACAACUUGGAUACAUGCCUGUACAUGGACAAGCGCUGCAUGUACUACCAGAAACCACUGCUCGACUGUGGCGCCAUGGGAACCAAAGGCAACGUACAGGUUGUGAAGCCUGGCCUGACCGAGUCCUAUUCAUUGUCCCAGCACCCGCGAGGGGAAUCAAUACCUGCUGAGACCAUCAAGCAUUUUCCAAACAACAUUAAGCACACCCUGCAGUGGGCACGAGAUCAAUUUGAUGGCCUGUUCAAGGAGCCAGCAAGAAAUGCACUCCAAUAUUUAACUGACCCCAAGUUUCGGCCGAACGUCUUGGAGAAGCCAGAACUCAUAGAAAAGCUGGAGGAAAUGAAGAAGAUGAUUCUCGAUUACCGGGCGACAGACUUCGACGACUGCGUUGCCUUUGCCCAUAUGUGUUUCGAGGAGCAGUACAAGGGAAAGAUAGAGCAGCUUCUUCGUAUUUUCCCCAAAAAUUACGAGACAAAAUCUGGUAUGCCAUUCUGGUCUGGCCUGAAACGCUGCCCUCACCCCAUUGAGUUUGACCCUGAAAAUGCCCUGCACAUUGACUACAUUGUGAGUGCAGCAAACCUGCGUGCCACGAUGUUUGGCAUUCCGCACAUUACGGACCGUAAGGUGAUCGCCGAAAUGUUAUCAAGAGUGCUCAACAAAGUUGAAGUUCCUGCAUUCCAUCCACCACCGAACCCAGACCCAAGUGUUUCCUUCCACCAUGGCAGCUUUGCAGUCAUACAGAAUGACUCAGCACGCUUAGAUCAGGUGAUUCAAGCCCUUGCAGAUUGGGACAAGCUCAAAGACAUGCACCUGACGGCGAUAGAGUUCAACAAGGACAACGACCUGCAUGUCGACUUCAUUGUUGCGGCGUCCAACCUGCGCGCCACCAACUACAACAUAGUGCCAUCAGACAAAGGCAGAAGCAAGCUCAUUGUGGACGAGAUCAUACCGGCCAGUUCCACCACUACGUCACUCGUCGCGGGUCUUGCCUGCCUUGAACUGCUCAAGUUGGCUCAAAAUCACGAAAAGCUGGAGCUCUUCAGGAACAGCUUCGUCAACCUGGCAUUGCCUUUCUUCAGCUUUUCUGAGCCGAUUCCUCCAGCAGAGAAAACGGUGACGACUGCUAUGGAGCCCUGUGACGUCAAAGUUUGUAGCGCUGAAGCAACAGCGAGAAGCUCUGAAAGCUACAUUUUAGAGCUGCAGUUGGAAUUUGACGACAUUUUACAAAAAGGAACAAGAACCAGCGCGUUGGAAGAGAUGCAACGCUCCGUUUAUAAUUUAGUUGCGAGAAAGCAGGAGGAUCAGAUUUACGACUCAGUUUGCCACGCAUUAAUCACACGGUUAAGGAAAGUGCGGGCCACCGUUUUGGAUAAAGUGGACGAGAGGUUUGUCGAGACAGUGACCCAGGCCUGGAGAGAGUAUAUUGAAAGAGCAAGAAUGGUUUGUGAUGUUGUGGAGUACCUCGAGAAAGUAGUUGUCCCACAGAGCCACCUAGAUUGCUUAAGAAGGAAGAGCGUUAAGCUUUUCCGUGAUGAAGUGUUGCGCUGCAGAGAUGUGCAAGCAAAGCUCUGCAAUACUAUGCUCCGCCUGGUGAAGGAGGACCGGAAAGGCGGCAGACCUGUGAACAGGGCAAUUCUGAAAGAAGCGUGUGACAUGUUAGCCGCUGUUGACACAGACUCAAACGCACUGUAUGAGCAAGUGUUUGAGAGAGAGUUUCUGAAGGAGUCAGCUGAGUUCUACACUACACUUGACCUUGACUUGAAGGAGAACUCAAACUACAUCUCGCAAGUGGAGGGGCUUCUUGAAAAAGAAUCAGAGUUGUCGAAGUCCUGUUUCAGAGGUUCAACGGUUGAUGAAUUAAUCAGUGUUCUUAUCGAAGAACUGGUGCUAAAAAAGGACUCCCUCAUGCGUUGUAUUUUGUCUGACCAAAACACCGCAGAGCUGGCACGUAUUGUUACUAUGUGCAGGCCCAUAAACAAUGGCAUUGCCAUGGUGGUUAGUGCUGUCAGCAAGCACACACUUGAGAUGGGCGAGGCUUUUGUUAGUGGUCACAGCAAUACACCGAAUGUAGCUGCUCUCAUUGGCAUGAAAAAAUACCUUGAUCACAUUGCAGAACAAUGUUUUGACAGUGAUGAAAGGGUGAAAGAGGUGUUCUCAGAGGAUUUCGCACGCAUCAUUCUCAUGAACAGUGAAAUGCCAAGUCAUCUAGCUGCGUUUGUUGUUGAUACUAUUGAGAAGAGUAUAACAAAUUUUGAAAGGCAGCUGUUGACCGAUGUCGAAGAGUGCUGCAGAAUCUUAAAAUUGGAUAAGGAAAUUUUUGAGAUGUACUGUCAGUUCUUCUGGGCCAAGAAGCUACUGAUGCACAAUGAUAAAAGCUCCGAAGAAACGGAAAAACCAUCAGCUGUAGAGCUACAAAGAUAUUUCACUCAAGAGUUCGUGUCCUGGAUGCAAGCUUUCGACAAAGAGUUGCAAACGUCACAAGGCAUUGCGCUGGAAUUCAAAAAGUUGCAUCCCUCUGCGACGAUAAAUGUGUCCACUCUUCAGGCGGGGUUAUUGCCCGUACCUUACGAGACUCAAAAAACAAUAAUCGCCCAAGAUCCAUGGAAAGAGUUCAGGGUAUUUAAGAACUUCUAUUUUGAAAGGCACGUUAAAAGGCAAUUGAUCCUUCAGCCUAACCUGGGAUCGGCGAGCAUGAGUGCUCUUUUUCAAGGGCCUCAGUCACCGCGAAAAUAUGCUUUAUGUGUUACAACACACCAAAUGUGCAUCUUGCUGCUGUUCAAUGACUGCAACAAAAUGUCCUUUCGUGACAUAGCGGACAGGACAAACAUACCUAAUGCAGCACUCAUUUGCGCCCUGAAGUCACUCAUUGAAGAAAGGAGCAGCUCCACAUCUUUGCUCUUCAAAAGCCCCUCAUCAGAGUCUGUGAAUUUUGAUGAUUUUUUUAUUGUAAAUGAGGAGUUCAUGUCGAAUGGAUUAGCAGACUUUACAAAAGUACCUGCAGAGACCAAAUUUUUAAUGAAGAGCACCGAACCGCAUUACUACAUUGAUAAGCAGCGGAUGUUUCAAGUAGAAGCCACUAUUGUUAGAAUCAUGAAAGCACAAAGGAAAAUGGCACAGAAUGAACUACUGUGCGAAGUAAACAAAGAACUUGGAGGUAAAUAUACCAUUAGUCCUGCAGCCUUUCAAAAGAGAUUGGAUUCUCUAGUCCAGAGACAGUUCAUUGAGAAAGCUUUCGAGGAUCCCACCAAGUACAGUUACGUGCCGUGAAACGCUGCAGCGUCCUACUGCAGCAAGACAUGCUGCAGACAUGGCAUAGCAAUUUCACUUUGCAAGACAUGGCAAUUUAACUUUGUUUCAAUCAGUAUGUAUUCAAGUUACAAUUUUGACAAUUAAUUAAAAAGAC